AUGCAAAAGCUCAUCGUUGCCUUCGCUGUCGUUUCAGCUGCCUCAGCUUUCCUCUUCCCAUCAGGAGGAGGCGGUGGAUGUGGAUGCGCGUAAGUUUUUUUUUUCAAACUUUGUUUUUUCUUCAAUUUUUCAAUUAAUAAUUCAAUUAUUAUUUGCAGUCCACCACCACCACCACCACCACCAUGUGGAUGCGGAGGUGGACUCCCACCACUUCCACAACUCCCACCUCUUCAACUUCCACAAAUCUCUCUUCCAUCCCUCGGAGGAGGUGGAUGCGGAGGUCCAGCUCCAUGUGCUGCACCAGCUGCCGGAUAUGCUGCCCCACCCCCACCACCAGCUGGAGGAUAUGCUGCCCCACCUCCAGCUCCAAUCGGAGGAUAUGCCGCCCCACCACCACCACCAGCUGGAUACGCCACCGCUGGACGCAAAUAA